AAACUAUGAAAAGGUUUCAAUGGAGAAAGGAUGGUGGAUGUGUCCGACUUUCCCAUGAGCUCUCGGCAGGUGAGAAAGAAGCCACUGAGAACAGAAAGGAAAAAGUUCUGGAGUGCCUCAAGAGCCUUGGCAUUGCCCGUGAUGAGGAUAACAUGCCCAAUAUCACCAUCUUAGGAUCAGGCGGAGGUCUGCGGGCCAUGAUAGCCCUUCAAGGAACCUUGGUGGAGAUGAAGAAGCAGGGCCUGUUGGAUGCUGUCCUGUAUCUGUGUGGGGUAUCGGGUUCUACCUGGUGCAUGUCCACCCUCUACAAAGACAAGGACUGGACAGAGAAAGUACAGGACUUGGAAGAACGCCUGUGUGAUACACUUUCCAAAUCUUCAUGGGAUCUUCAUAAGGCAUACUCUCUUGUGUGCCAGGCAGCUAAAGAUGAACUCUUCUCUCUGACUGAUGUCUGGGCCUCUUUCGUUGUCUAUAAAAUAUUGAAGCAGUAUGAUCAGACCAUGUUAUCUCAACAAGAUGAUGCCUCCACAAGUGGGACAAAUCCUUAUCCCAUCUAUGCGGCAGUGGAAUCAAAGAUAUCACAUAAAGCAGAUGAAAACAGCCCAGGCACCUGGUUUGAAUUCACUCCUCAUGAGUCUGGCUUUCCUGGCCUAGGGGCAUUUGUGUGCACAAAAGACUUGGGAAGCAAAUUCGAGAAUGGGAAGUUGAAAGAUAACAGCAAAGAGAAAAGUAUCUGCUACCUGCAAGGUUUAUGGGGAAGUGUCUUUGGAAGCAUGGAGGAAAACAUGAAAUAUUUAAAAGAGCUUGUUCUGCAAGUAUUUUCUGGAGAACUGCGAGGGGAACAUCAGUAUGCAGUAGGUGGAGCAGAAAACACAUCAGAAAUGGCCAUGCUUCCACUUGGAGAAGGUACUCAUUGCACUUGUGCACAUUGUCGGAGUGCCCUCCUCCUCCUGGAGUUUCACAGUCAUGCCUCAGCUGGGGAAGACUGCAAGGGAGUCUCUGAGAAGCUGAAGGAAGUCCUGAAAGAACACGAGGGCAAGAAUUCCUACCAGAAGUGCUGUGAAAUGAGCGACGCCUGGGGUUCAAAGACCUUGGCAGCAAGAAUGGAGGAGUGUGCUGAAUUCGGCAGGAUUUUUGAAACAGAACAUGGAGGCAAGUUUUUUUAUUCAUUUUCCCUAACAGGAAGUGUAUCGAGCACAUGUAAAUUGUUUUGGAAAAUCUGUAUCUGUAUCUUCCACUGGAGAUGGGGGAGCACCCAUAACUUUCUGUACAAAUGUCGUAAGGGUACUAAAUCCACUGGCUUGGAUAAGGAUGAAGUCAUCAACUUGAUUGAUGCCGGCAUUGGCAUAAAUUCCGCCUACCCCCUUGUUCUGCGUCCGGAAAGGAAAGUGAAACUGAUCCUUUCCUUUGACUUCAGCAAUAAGGAUCCUUUCGAGACCAUCAAGAAAACUGCCAAGUACUGUGAGGCAAAUCACAUCCCAUUUCCCAAAAUAGACCCAGAAAAGCUGAAAGACACAGAUAGCCCUUCCAGUUGCUACGUCUUCAAAGGGAAGCACGUUCCCACCGUCAUGCACUUCCCACUCUUCAACAAGGAAAACUCUCCAGAUAAAAUACAUGACUUCAGAGAGAGAUAUUCCACCUUUCAUUUUUCCUACAAAGAGGAUGAUGUCAAAGAACUCCUUAAAAGAGCAAAGAUGAACAUAUUCAACAACAAGGAGAGGAUUCGGGAAGAGAUCCAGCAAAUUGUUUCCUCCUCCACCAAGAAGUUUUAA